AUGUAUAAACUAGAGCCUUAUUUUUCUUCGGAAAUCAAGGUCCAACCCAAACAAACCAUUUAUAAGCUUCCUUCCUACCACGAUGAUUUGUCCGACGUACAAAAUCCAGUUCAAGUUUGUUGAUCUUGUUUUAUUAUUUUCAUUAAUUUUUUUCAAGGGGGAAGUUGAUCCGGUGAAAGCAUUAGAAUUACGGCAACUGCGGCUGAUUGAAGAACUUCAAAGCCAAGCGUUAAAACUAAACGAACUUUUAACCCAGAAAGGAAAAUCAAGUGGUUUGUUUUUUCUUUGUUAGAAUUACUGAACACUGGUUUCAUAGCGCCAACUCAACACGAAGAAUCAAAGAAGAAGAAUGUUUCGGCGCCUGUUGCGGCUCAGAAGCUCUCCACACCUGAACCGAAGAAAGAUGAUAACGACACGAAGAAAAACAAAGAUGCCAAGAAAGAAGCUCGCAAGGCAGCUAAAACAGAGGCCAAAAACAAGGUACGAUCUUCUUUUUUUAUUUGUCUAAAAACGCUAAAAGUUUUGAUGAAAUGGGUCGACGUACGAACAGUAGCUAAAUAAAGUUUUUCUCUGUUAUCAAUGUAGAAUCUACAGGUAGCUACCGGCGAACAGUCCGUCAGCAAAUCUUCACACUCGACUUCUACUGGCUCGGAUCUCACGUGGAUUGUUUAUGUUUGUGUGAAUUUAGUUUUUCAACUUUGUCUUGAAUCUUUCAGGAAGAGAAGAAAACUAUCGAAACCGGCCAGUCUCUCACGGCCAACCUCCCACCUGCCUUGCUUUCCACGAAACCAAGUGGUACUAAUUUCUUGUCACUUUUUAUUUAAGCUAUUUUUCCUCUAGAAACCGGUAUCAUUUCCCUCAAAGUGACAAAAGAAGACGAAGUCUGGCUCCAACGACUGGCCAACAUCGGCGCCAAGCGAAAAGUCGCGUUUGAAGGAUUUGUCGCCAAUAAUGUUAAGGACUCCAAGAAUACAGUCCGCACUGAACAAGGUUUUUAUUUUUCUUUUCUAGUUGUUUUGAUGAAAACUUUCAGCCUCGAAAGUUGAGUUGUCUGGAGGAUCCUGGAAUAUUUCAUGUCGAGUUGCGAUAUGGAAAGUCCUUGGCGCGGCUCUUGGGAUCUACUCGAAUUCUUACGACCACGCCAUUUCCUCAGCUCAUCAACACCAGUGGCUCACAAAAGUGAAGAUUUUUUCUUUCCUGAGAACAGUUUUCCUUUUCCAGACAAACAGAGCUCUUUCUGGAAAAGGCGACCUGGACUAUCUGGUUCGAGAAGCCAGCCAGUUCCUUUCUCGGUUUGAUGCCCUUUCUGGCCUCUUCGAAAUUUCCUUGGCUGACGUUGUCCUCAGGUUUGAUAAUUCAGAAUAUUCAAUUAGUUCAAUCUCAAAGGUCGUCAAUUUAUUUAAACUUUCUUCGUGCAUAAAUGAUUUUCGAUUAGUUAAAAUGGGUAAAAGCUACCAUUCAGCCCAGAGUGUUCUGAAACAGAGAAAAGAAGAUUCUAUCCACUCAAUAUUUGGAUGUGUUUCACUGAGGUUUUCAUUUUCCAGAAGUGUUCUGACGCAGAAAAAUCAACCAAACAACGUGGAACUUUGGGCUAAUCGAAUCGAUUCGGUAACGAAUUGAAAAUAGUUUAUGAACUUUUUUAUUUUCACCUUUUCAUGAUGUCUCCCAUAAUUAUUAGGUACGAAAAAAUUCACCUAUUUUGUUUUGUCUUUCCAAUUUUUCUUCAUAGCCGGUUAUUGUUAUUAACUUUUUGUUUGGUGUUUUCUUGUUGAAAAAUAAAUUAUGAUAAAUUGGUUAUGUAAAUGCUGAGAAUUUCUUGUUCCUAUCAACUAUACUUUUGGCGUUUCUUUCAGUAUGAUAUUCGAGCUCAUUGGACCUUGCAGCCAAUAUGCCGUUCAUGCACGGUUCGAUGCCGCUACGGCGGACUUUUUUCUAUUUGCAGCAGGGUAAAAUUAAGUUCCGCGACAAUGUGCAAGUCUUCGCCAUAGGUUUCCAUCGACGGCCCAACGAGCAACAGGUUUUCUUUCCCUUUGAGCUUUUUGUCAUUUCUAUGUUCAGAUGGGCGCUCGGGACUUUGUUUAUUGGCAUUGGGCCCAACUUCAGUAUCAUAAUUCCAAAGUUCAGUUGGUUAAGCACGUCGACAAAGUGAUUACUCCUUUCGCCAGAGCAUAUCUGAGUUCGUUCAGCCUGCGAAUCGAUAGUUUCAUUCAUACCUGUCUAAAGAACAAAAGUCUUGAAGAGAGCUGACCUAACGAGACUCACAUUCUCAAAUUAGUCAAAAAAUUGCAGCUGACGGUAGAGAAAUGUUGUUUGACUUGGAAGGAAUGCAGCGAGAAGAAAUCGAGGAAACUUUGGCCAGAAGUCUUGGCAAAACAGAGUUGGUCGAGCGACGCGAACGCCUUGAAAGUAUCGCCAAGUUGAAUCCAGCGGACUUUGGAUCUAAAUCGGAAAGACAGGUGCUUUUUUAUUUUCUUGGUUGAAAAUGUGAUGUUAAAUACCAAAAUCUCCUUGAGGUUAUGUUGAUUCUCCCAAAAGGUUGAUUCGAUAUGAAGAUAUUUCGAUAUUGCUUCUUUUACUGCAGCUGUGAUCCAAAAAGCCCAACUAUAAUCUAGGCAUGAUAAUAAAAAUAAAGGUUUUUUAAAAGCUGGAUACUUUUUUCUGUGUGAAUGGUAGGAAAAAUUUUGUAGGGAUCUUUCAGACUGGUGUUGUUUUUCUUAGGUCCAACUAGUAAGUUACUACAGAAAAAUGAUAAAAAGACUCUCACAUUCUCACAUGUCGGAAUAGCUUGGUAAAAACAUUUCUGUUCUUUGAGAGCGGUGACGUCGACAGCGUUCUGCGGAAAUUCAUUUUGUUCGAUUUAAUGUGCGCUAUGCAUCGUUUUGUUCGUACAAGAGAAAAAAGGAUAUCGAAAUGAAUGGAUUCAGAAAAAGUCUCAGAAUAGUAUGACACUGCUUUCAGUGCAUCUGCGAAGUACAAGGACAGCAUCCGUGUACGGCGUUACUCCACGCUCCCAAGUGCAUGACGGGCAAAUGGCGAUGGAAUCAUAAUCUCAUUUAG